UUGCAGCCAUGGCGAGCUCUGACGUGAAACCAAAAUCAGUAAGUCGUGCCAAAAAAUGGUCAGAAGAGAUAGAAAAUCUAUACAGAUUUCAACAAGCAGGAUAUCGGGAUGAAAUUGAAUAUAAACAAGUGAAACAAGUUUCUAUGAUUGAUCGUUGGCCAGAGACUGGAUAUGUGAAGAAACUCCAGAGAAGAGACAAUACUUUCUAUUACUACAACAAACAGAGGGAAUGUGAGGACAAGGAAGUCCACAAAGUGAAAAUUUAUGCUUACUAG